AUGACACCCAGAAAGAAGUUACAGGGUCUUGUAGCUGCUACAGUCACUCCAAUGACUCCUGAUGGACAAAUUAACCUUUCGGUGAUUCACCAGUACGUGGAUUAUCUGGUAAGCGAGCAGAACGUGAAGAAUGUUUUUGUGAAUGGCACAACAGGAGAAGGACUGUCCCUUAGCAUCCAGGAGAGGAAGCAGUUGGCAGAGGAAUGGAUAUGCCAAGGAAAAGACAAAUUGGAUCAUGUGAUCAUUCAUGUUGGAGCACUGAGUCUGCCAGAGUCUCAAGAGCUGGCAAGACAUGCAGCAGCCAUAGAUGCUAGUGGUAUUGCUGUAAUAGUCCCCUUCUUCUUCAAACCCACAAACAAAGACGAGCUGAUUGCUUUCUUACAGAAGGUUGCAUCUGAAGCCCCUGCAGUUCCAUUUUAUUACUAUCAUAUUCCUCAUCUGACGGGUGUGAAGAUUCAUGUUGAAGAGUUGCUGGAUGGAAUAAAAGAGCGGAUCCCCACGUUCCAGGGUGUGAAGUUCAGUGACACGGACCUCUUGGACCUUGCACAGUGUAUAAACAAGAAUGAGAGUGAACAGUUUGCAUUUCUUUAUGGGGUGGAUGAGCAACUGUUGAGUGCACUGGCAGUAGGGGCAAACGGAGCAGUUGGAAGUACAUACAACUAUUUGGGACGAAAAAACAAUCAGAUGUUGCAAGCCUUUGCAAAGCCAGACCUUGCAUUAGCACGGAAAUACCAGUUUCUCACUGGGGAAUUUCUCAACUUUGUCAUCAAACUAGGUUUUGGUGUUGCACAGACUAAAGCUGUAAUGACUUUUGUUUCUGGCAUUCCCAUGGGACCUCCACGGCUUCCACUUGUCGAUGCCUCUGAGGAGUUCAUCAUCAAGGCCAAAGCCAAGCUGGAUAGCAUUGUGUGGCCUGAGGGUGACUGAUACUCAGUUCCAUGUCGAUCUGGAAGUGGAGGCUCCUUUUCUGGGAUUCACUGUCACGUGGUACAUUGCCCACGUGAU